GGCGCGCACACAUAUGCAUGUAAAUGAGGAGAGUCUGGCCUAUGAGCCGUCUCAGCCGCUAGGUCUAUUGGCGUUCGCUUGGUUGUCGAGACAUUGAGGUUUGCGUCACUCCACAGCGGCAGAAGAGAAAAAAUCGCGCGACUUGGGUGCGCGGUCACGUUCUACACACGUCAAACACCAAAGCAAGAUGAGAGAGUCAAAGGGUGGCAGAGUGCCUUUUUUCUACAGUCAUCUUGUGAAGAAUGUUUUCUUGCUUGUGCUGAGCUUCAUUGGCAUUCCUGUGUCGGCAACUAUUGUUCUCCUCAGCCUCGCGGUUACGAAACUCAGAGCUGGUCGCGAUGUACCCAGCAAGAGAACUCAGAUCCAAAUUCAAGCCCAGAAAGAUGCGGCGUCUCAACGCAAAACUAUCCUCGUCACAGGUGUCUCCAUGACCAAGGGCCUUGCCAUUGCGCGCGUCCUUUCACAACACACUUCCCACCGCAUCAUCGGCGCUGACAUUUCUUCCCUCUCCCCAGGACGCUUCUCCAGCGCAAUUGCAAAGUACUACCGCCUGGAAGCACCGCAUGGAGACGAUGCGGAGCCAUACAUCGACUCUAUCCUUUCCAUCAUCCGGAGCGAAAAAGUUGAUCUAUGGAUAAGCUGCUCGAGCGUGCUGGCCGCAGUUGAGGACGGCCAAGUCGUACGGCUUGCAGAAGCACAAGCAUUAUCACACGGCCGCCGCUUCGAAGCCAUCCAAUUCGACGAGCACGUAGUGGAGAAAUUCCACGAAAAGGACAAAUUCAUCGACUACAUCGCGUCUCUCAACCUGCCGAUCCCAGAGAGCUACCGCUGCACGAGCGCAGAGCAAGCGCUGAACAUUCUCCUACGAGACUUCGACGGCAAAGACGGCACCACGCUGGGCAAGAAGUACAUCAUGAAACCGAUUGGCGUCGACGACCACGCCAGAAACAACAUGAUGACACUCCUCCCCUUCCCCACCGCAGACAAAACGUCAACUUACAUCCGCAACCUCAACAUCUCGCGCACAAACCCCUUCCAGCUCCAGCAGUUCAUCCAGGGCAAGGAGUACUGCACCCACGCGCUCGUCAUCCGCGGACAAGUCAAAGCCUUCACCUCCUGCCCCAGCUCCGAGCUGCUCAUGCACUACGAGCCGCUGCCCGCAUACUCGAGCCUCAGCCAGGAGAUGCUAAAGUUCACCGAACGCGUUGUAUCGCACGGCGGCGAGACUUUCACAGGCCAUCUAUCCUUCGACUUCCUCGUCUCGGAGGAGGCCGACGGCGAACUGUCUUUCUACCCCAUAGAAUGCAACCCGCGCGCGCACACGGCCGUCGUGCUCUUUGCCCAGACGCCCGAGAUGGCCGACGCGUAUCUGUCUAUAUUCGGGAAGAGCACGCUGGAAAGCGUGCCUGUGUUUCCUAGGGCGCCGACGUACAGUUACUACUGGAUUGGGCACGAUUUGAUCGAGUUUGUCCUUCUGCCUAUCCUUGAGUUCUUGUUUGCGAAGGGGGCGUGGGAUAGUGUCGUGCGUGGGAUCAAAACGUUUCUGUAUCAUGUCGUGUAUUGGCGGGAUGGCACGUUUGCGCUCGAGGAUCCGUUGCCGUUUUUCGUCUUAUAUCAUUUGUACUGGCCGGCGCGGUUUGUCGAGUCGCUGAGGCUGGGCAAGGGCUGGAGCAGGAUCAACGUCAGCACAACGAAGAUGUUCUCUGAUUAAAGAGACGUGCAAAAGCUUCUGAAGAUGUAUGUAUGCUUUGGCGGUUGCGUCAUAGAGACAGGGUAGAGUAAGUGGAAAGAUAUAUACGUGCGUAGGAUUAGAGGACAGGGUAUAUUCUCUCUACAUACUCAGAACACCUAUUCAACCAUAAUUACAUCUCGCUCCAACC